UGAAGGAAUUUCAUUCUGAGAGCUCUCAGAUGUACAAAUAGCUGUUUCAAAACUCCAAUAAGCACCAGAAAAGAUUUAAAAAUACAUUCUACUAUGGAUUACAAGGUUGGAGGUAAAAGGAAGCAGCAGCAUAGCUUGAAUUUACUGGAUCAAAUAAAAUGUAUGAAAGAUUUAACUGAAAUGAUUGAUGUGGUGUUAGUGGCGGAAGAAAAAAAAUUCCCUUGCCACAAAUUGAUCCUGGCUGCUUUUAGCCCCUAUUUCAAAGCAAUGUUUACUUGUGGGUUGAUGGAAAGCACACAGAGAGAAGUUGUGCUACAUGACAUAGCAGCCGAAAGUGUAUCUGUCCUCCUACACUACAUGUACACCUCUGAGUUGCAUCUCACUGAUUGUAAUGUGCAAAAUGUGGCCAUUGCUGCCUUUUUCAUGCAGAUGGAAGAUGUGUUUAGCCAAUGUCAGACCUACAUGAUGGAUCAUAUUGAAGCUUCCAACGCUAUAGGAAUUUAUUACUUUGCAAAUCACAUUGGGGCAGAAGAACUAUCUGAACGAGCCAGGAAAUAUUUGUAUCAGCACUUUACUGAGGUGAGCCAGCAUGAAGAAAUAUUAGAGAUAGAAGCUCAGCAACUGCUAAGCCUGAUCAGGUCCGAUGAUCUGAACGUAUCCAGAGAAGAGAGUAUUUUGGACUUAGUCCUCAGAUGGGUUAACCACAGUCAGAAGUUGCGUGUAGAUCAUCUCAUUGAACUCCUGAAGCAAGUAAGGCUGGUACUUGUAAGUCCUUCAUUCUUAGUGGAAGCUCGGAAAAGGAACACGGUGCUUCUGAGUAAUUCCCAGUGUAUUGACAUGAUUGAAGGAGCCUUAGAAACAAUUAAAAAAUCCAGUCAACCUUCUCUCAGCCUUCGAUAUGGCAUGGAGACCACUACCCUUCUGCUUUGCAUUGGCAAUAACUCAGGGGGGAUCCGAUCAAGGCGGGGUAAUUAUGCUGAGGCCAGCUUCUGUUAUGCACCUCUAACGCAAAAGACCUACUUCAUUUCCUCUCCAAAAUACGCAGAAGGCCUUGGCUGUAUAUACACUGGUGUGGUUACUGAGAACAACAGUAUUGUUGUUGCAGGGGAGGCAAGUGCUGCCAAGAUGUCCAGACAAAAGACCAGGAUGAUUGAACUUUAUAGGUAUGAGGGUCAUGGAAAUCGAUUUUGGCAAAGCCUGUGCACAGCUCAGUUUCGUGAGCUAUAUGCUUUGGGCACCAUCCAUCAUGACCUAUUCAUCAUAGGAGGGCAAAUGAAAUUGAAAAACCAAUACCACAUUACCAAUAUUGUGGAGAAGUACUCCAUGGAGCAGGAGAACUGGAGAACUUUGGCUCCCAUCCCAGUGCCGCUGGCUUGCCAUGCAGUGGUUGCCGUGAAAAACAGGCUGUAUGUCAUUGGAGGAUGGACCCCACAGAUGGAUCUUCCUGAUGAUGAGCCUGAUCGAUUAAGCAACAGAACGUUGCAGUAUAACCCAAGCCAAGACAAAUGGACAGAGUGUGCACCGAUGAAGUAUUCGAAAUACCGCUUCAGCACAGCUGUAGUAAACCAUGAGAUUUAUGUCCUGGUCUGCUCUACCUUUGGACCCAUCUCCCUGCCUGAAGAGAUGAUAAUGAGCUCAGUAUCCCUACCUGCCAGUACCUCCCACCUAUUUUUGUCUCUAUUUAAGACCGAAGCAUAG